GGGCUGCUGAAAAGAGCUCUAAACAUGGAGCUGAGGACCGGACUCAGAACAUUAUCAUGGCUAUGAAAGACCGUAUGAAGAUCCGAGAGCGGAAUAAGCCAGAGAUCUUUGAGGUGAUCCGGGAUGUCUUCACCGUGAGCAAAGUUGCCCAUGUGCAGCAGAUGAAAACAGUAAAGCAGAGCGUCCUGGAUGGUACCUCCAAAUGGUCAGCCAAAAUCAACAUCACUGUGGUUUGUGCCCAGGGCCUACAAGCCAAAGACAAGACAGGAUCCAGUGACCCUUAUGUGACCGUGCAAGUUGGGAAAACCAAGAAGCGCACCAAGACCAUUUUUGGAAAUUUGAACCCUAUUUGGGAGGAGAAGUUCCAUUUUGAGUGCCACAACUCUUCCGACCGGAUUAAGGUACGUGUGUGGGACGAGGAUGAUGACAUCAAAUCCAGAGUAAAGCAGCGGCUAAAGCGAGAGUCAGAUGAUUUUCUUGGCCAAACCAUCAUUGAGGUUCGGACACUGAGUGGAGAGAUGGAUGUCUGGUACAAUCUGGAGAAAAGAACAGACAAGUCAGCUGUCUCAGGGGCUAUCCGACUACAAAUCAAUGUGGAGAUCAAGGGGGAGGAGAAGGUAGCCCCAUACCAUGUGCAAUACACGUGUCUCCAUGAGAACCUUUUUCAUUACCUCACAGACAUUCAGGGCAGUGGAGCAGUCUGGAUCCCAGAGGCGCGGGGAGAUGAUGCGUGGAAGGUGUACUUUGAUGAAACAGCUCAAGAAAUUGUGGAUGAAUUUGCCAUGCGCUAUGGCAUCGAAUCCAUAUAUCAGGCCAUGACGCACUUUGCAUGUUUGUCAUCCAAGUACAUGUGUCCUGGCGUACCAGCAGUGAUGAGCACCUUACUGGCCAACAUCAAUGCCUAUUACGCUCACACAACUGCCUCCACUAAUGUCUCUGCGUCUGAUCGUUUUGCGGCCUCCAACUUUGGUAAAGAGAGAUUUGUGAAACUGCUGGACCAGCUACAUAACUCACUGAGGAUAGACCUCUCUACGUAUAGGAAUAACUUUCCUGCUGGGAGCCCUGAGCGGCUUCAGGAUUUGAAAUCUACAGUGGAUUUGCUGACCAGCAUUACUUUCUUCAGGAUGAAGGUGCAAGAACUGCAGAGCCCCCCAAGAGCCAGCCAGGUGGUAAAGGACUGUGUGAAAGCCUGCUUGAACUCCACUUAUGAAUAUAUCUUCAACAACUGCCAUGACCUCUACAGUCGCCAGUACCAGCUG